CUCUUCUUCUCUCACCCCUCAUCUUUCUUCUUUACAUUACUCCUGCUUUCUUUCUCAUCAUUACAUCUCGAUUCCUUUUUUUUUGUGCAUUCCAGUCGAUGACUCUAUAACAUAAACUUUAACAGCAGACAGUAGAUAAUCGAAGUGCUAUUGCUCGAGGCUGCAUUUUCUUAUUUUGACAUUCCCACCAUAUAUACAUAUUGCUCUUUAAGAAUGAAAGAGAGCUGUGCUUCUUGCUACUCUGUUGCACCACCACAGAGGCACCAUAGUCAUGGCCACCCUUAUCAUUGUCGCGUCCACAGUGCCGUAGCAACCCACUCCUCAUCUCCCUCUUUCUCCUACUUCUUCCUUCUCGCCAUAACUGUUGUGCUUUCAGCUUUUCUGUCUUUCAUCCCUCUUACUGAGGCCCAGAGCGAAGGCCCAAUUGGUCGUCGACGCAUGGCCUUUGCUCAGAGUGGUGAUUCGCUUUAUAUCCAAGGUGGCCUUGGUGGAGGGAAACAAGGUUAUCUGUUGUUAAUCGGAGGCGCCUUUCAAGGUGCCGCAACCCAGCCUUUCUUUAACGCCUAUGAUCUGGAAUCAAGAGUAUGGUCAUCUGUCCCAGGUCAUACUGCAGUGUCAGAUCCAGAUACAGGACUAGUCUAUAUCGUUGGAGGUUACUGGACUGGUGGGAUCUACAAUGCAUUGAUGGUUUUUGACCCUUCAAACCGGUCGAUUGUCUCGCUGCAGAGUGAAGCGGCCCAGACUGCAUCCCUUACGGAUGUGGCCGCUAUCUGGUCAAGUGUUCGAAAAACCGUCUUGACCUUUGGAGGGUCGCGAGCACCGCCUUCAAACCCAGAUGGACUUGGUUUGCAAUCGUUGAGUGAAUAUGAUCCUAAAUCCCAAUCUUGGAGGCAACCCAUGAGAACUUCAGGCAGUAUUCCACGUCGAUUGGAUCAUUGUGUUGCAGCUUCUGACGAUGGGUCAAAGAUCGUGCUCUUUGGAGGCUCACUAGACAACACGACCUUCUUUUCAGAUAUUCACAUCCUGGAUGUUACUACUGGACAAUGGAAAGCCGGCUCACCAGCCAGCACUCCUCGUACUCGAAUCGGAGACAAAAGAGACAUCACUAUGCACAAUAAUAUCCCCAUCGUCUAUAAUGUCGCUCGGCCUAUCAUCGGAGGUGCUGUAGGUGGGGUGGUGGUCUUAAUAGGAUGUAUUGCUGCCUUCAUCAUAAUAAGGCGCAAGAAACGGGCUGCGAAGAAAGAUCCAGUGUCUAAUGGAGACAAAGUAGGAGGAAGCGGAGGUGCAGGUGGAGGAAAGCAUUCAUCUUCAAAUGACGACUAUGAUGAUGGUCUUGGCUAUAUUGCAGGGCCUCGCACAGGAAACCGUCAGCAGCAGCGUUACACUAACGUAAACAUGGUGGAUGAUAGUGAGCCUGAGGCUCAUCAUUAUCCAGAUAAUCGAUAUUCUAUGGGGCCAAUGGUACAAACGUCAAAUCAUCUCGCAGCUACAAACGGCCUUGGUGGAGUAGGACAAGACCCAUACUAUGCAGUUGAACCUGGAGUAGGAGCAAUAGCUGGAGCAGGCGCUGGAGCAAUGUAUGGACAUCCGUUGCCAGGAGAGCAUCCUUUACCAGGAGGCGCUAAUACAAUGUCUGGCUAUUGGGACCCUCUCGCUGGCUAUAUGGACCCGGCAGCUGCGAGGCCUUUGUCUGGUGCUGGUAUGCCGCUCGAAGAGAACGCUUAUAGUCCACAAACUUUUGUGGACCCGUAUAAAAUACCACCACCUGCAGGCUAUGAAGCACCACCAGAUAUCGGUGCAAAGGUCAUCCCGUGGCCGCCUUACCAGGAACAGCAGCAGUAUUCGCCACAACACCUCCAGUUUCAACAGCAGCAAUAUUCGCCGCAAUAUUCUCCAGCUCAACAACAAGAGAAAUUAGCAUACCACGAUCAAUAUUCUCAAAGAUCCAGCUAUGCACCUCCGCUAUCACCCCCUGCAUCAACUUCGUCUGCAAAUUCUCCAUACCCUUACAAAACACCAUACGAUGACAUGUCUCCUAAAAGCUCAAAAGACCAAAGACUCAGUAUGCAGAACACAAACCGUCUUUCAGGACCACAAAGUAUCCGUGACUCUUCUGGCAGCGCUUUUUCAGAUUCCAAAUCUGCUAGAGCUCCCCAGGUUUUGCACCCGGUAGGAGAGGACCUGGGAUACGUAGCGCCUCCAAAAUGAUUGUAUUUAAUAUCAUUUUAUUAUCAUCAUCAUUCAUUUAUUCAAUCAUUCCAUUCAUCCGUAAAAAAAAAAAAAAAAAAA